AGCCAUGGACAUCUCUCUUUUCUGUACCAAUAAUAAAGAAGCAAACUUUCUGCAGCAGUACUCCAACCAGAUCAAGAUCAAUGGUCUGGCAGCCAUAGACAUGCAAAGCACCAACCAGCCCCAGAAUAGUCACACAUCAACAAGCCGUUCAUCGGGGUCCAGCGAGCCUUGUCCGGCCGGCACGAAAUGGGCAUCUAGGCUUCUUAUGGAGUGUGCAAGGGCAGUCUCAGAGAAAGACUCUUCUAAAAUCAAUCACCUUCUAUGGAUGUUGAAUGAGCUGGCUUCUCCUUAUGGGGAUUGUGAGCAGAAGCUAGCCUCUUAUUUUCUGCAAGCUCUCUUUUGCAAGGCCACAGACUCCGGUCUCCGAUGCUACAAAACCCUAACCUCUGUAGCUGAAAAGAGCCACUCCUUUGAUUCAGCCAGGAAGUUAAUACUAAAGUUCCAAGAGGUAAGCCCAUGGACGACUUUUGGUCAUGUGGCUUCAAACGGUGCCAUAUUAGAAGCCUUGGAUGGAGAGACCAAACUUCACAUAAUUGAUAUAAGCAAUACCCUUUGCACCCAAUGGCCUACUUUGCUAGAAGCUUUGGCCACAAGAAACGAUGAGACGCCGCAUUUAAAGCUCACGGUCGUGGUAACAGCGAACAUAGUCAAGUCGGUGAUGAAGGAAAUAGGCCAAAGAAUGGAGAAGUUUGCUAGGUUAAUGGGAGUUCCCUUUGAGAUUAAUGUGAUCAGUGGGCUAAAUAAUUUGGGAGAGCUCACAAAAGAGGAUCUAGGUGUUCAAGAGGAUGAGGCUAUUGCUGUGAACUGCAUUGGGGCCUUAAGAAGAAUUGAAGUUGAAGAAAGAGGGGCUGUGAUCCGAAUGUUCCAAUCGCUAAGGCCUCGAGUUGUGACGGUUGUUGAAGAAGAAGCAGAUCUUUUCAGCUCAUCAGUAAACCAUGACUUUGUCAAGUGCUUUGAAGAGUGCCUUAGGUUUUACACAUUAUACUUUGACAUGCUAGAGGAAAGCUUUGUCCCAACCAGCAAUGAAAGGUUGAUGCUAGAGAGGGAGUGCUCAAGAAGCAUAGUUAGGGUUUUGGGUUGCGAUCACCAUGAUCAUGAUGACAAAAAUGGUGGUGGGGAAUGUGAGAGAAGGGAGAGAGGAAGCCAAUGGUCUGAGAGGCUGAAGGAGGCAUUUUCGCCAUUUGGGUUUAGCGACGACGUUGUGGAUGAUGUCAAAGCGUUGCUAAAGAGGUACCGAGCCGGUUGGGCGCUGGUGCUUCCACCACAAGGAGAAGAUAUUGAUCAAACAGGAGUCUAUUUAACAUGGAAAGAGGAACCUGCAAUAUGGGCUUCCAUAUGGAAACCUUCUAAUUAGCCACCAUUAUUGCUAAGUCUACAUUCAGAGUGAAGGGAAUUUGAAGAUCGCAUCGUAUAUGGAGUUGCCUCUUUUCUUCAAUAUUUAAUUUUCUUACUAUAUCAUGCAUAUGCCUUUUCUUUUUCUUUUCCAUCUUCAUAAUGUCCUACUUUUCUUCUGCUUUGUGCUUGGGAGUUUGUGUUCGUUUCUUUGUUGGUUUUAUUUUAUU